CAAACAUCAAUCAGGCCAUCCUCUCGAUGUUCAGACCUGCUGUUCUCCCAAGUCCGGAAUCCAAAAUCAGACGCAGAUAGCACACUCCCAGGUUUGCAAUCAUAUGCUCCGCCCCUCCGUUCGCCUUAGAUCGCAGCGUCGCAGGUUCGACUCCGGUUUCGCAGUCGCAGGUCCAGCGGUCCAGAAGACAGCACCGCGACAGCACUCCCUCAGGCCUUAGAAUCUUCCAAGCAAGUAAAAGAUAAAUUCAACCAGCAAGCUCGUUCAAAGUUUUAGAAGAUUUUUUCACCUUUUAGUUGGCUGGAUAUAAAGAAAAAAAGUGUCAGGACCUUUCUCUUGUUUAUCACCUAAAACCAGGGCGUUUUCGAGUUCCAAAGUACAUAUCUAUUGCUGGAUAAAUUUCAAUUACCAAGCAGUGAAGCCAUAGCUUUUUUCACUUUGAAUAUGAUGAACAUCAACAACAAAGAUGAACCAAACACUGCUCCAAAACAUGAUCAGUGGUACAACUUAAAGCUUGGCUCUUCAUUCAAAGAACAGCACCCAUCCUCCAAGUUCUGUACAUUACGAUAUGAGUUUAAACCAGCUUCAAUCAACAAAAGUCUGCCGGGUAAAUUGCACAAAACCAAGGACAAUAGGGUUACAGUUGAAUUUCAGAACAGUCAGCCCGGUAAGCCCAAGGUUUGCUUUGAGGGGAGCAGUGAGGACUACAAAGAAAAUGAUGCUGUUUUAUUCUUUGAUGGUGAAUCAUUCCGGUUGGAGCGACUGCACCGGGCAGUCAAGCGAUUGAAACAUGUUCGGCUCCGUGGGGAAUCUGCAACUGGAUCUGCUCCUGCUUCUGUGAGUGUAGCUGCUGAGACAAGUUCUCCGCCAGUAAAAGUACCUGCAUUCCAGUCUCAUAGUAAUACUGUCCGUGCACCACCAUUUGAGGUUGAGCUAAUUGAAGUUGGUGACAUCCAAGGCUCAGACAUGAGACUUAAGAAUGAUACAACUGCUGAUUAUCCCUCACACGCAUACCAACCAAACAUGUUAUCUGAUUAUCCAUCUUCACAUGCCAACCAAGCAGACAUGCCACCUGGUUAUUCAUAUUCACAUGCCAACCCAGCAGACAUGCCACCUGGUUAUUCAUAUUCAAAUGCCAACCAAGCAGACAUGCCACCUGGUUAUUCAUAUUCACAUGCCAGCCAUCCAAACGCGUCACCCGGUUAUCCAUCUUCACAUGCCAACCAGGCAAACAUGCCGCCUGGUUAUCCAUCUUCACAUGCCGACCAGCUAAACAUGGCACCGGGUUAUCCAUCUUCGCAUGCCGACCCGCCAACCAUGUCACCCGGUUAUCCAUCUUCCCAUGCCAACCCGCCAAACAUGUCACCCGGUUAUCCAUCUUCACAUUUUAGCCACCCAAACUCGUCACCCGAUGCAAAGAGUGAUGACUUGGACGAACAGCUGGAUAUAAUGAACGACGAUGAAGUGGAGGGUGAUGCAGCAGCCAAUGGAGGAGGAGGAGGGGAUAUCGCGGUGAACGAAAUCGACAUCAACAAACCACACCAAAACGAAACGGAUGGGGAAGAAUUUGCCGAUGUGGUUGGAAGUGACGAAGAGGAGAAUGGCCUUAACGCGGGAGAAGCGCUUGGAGGACAAGCGAAUGGAGGAGGGGGGGACGAGCACCACACUUCAAGCUCCAGCAGUAGUAGCGGGAGCGAUAGCAGUGGGAGCAGCGACAGCAGCAGCAGCAGUAGUGGGAGUGACAGUGGCAGUAGCUCUAGUGACAGUGACACUUCUGGUGAUGAAGCUGCCAUUUCUAUCUAAAAGACAAUAAUACCCCAAGUGGCAGAGAAGCUGCUUUCGGGCAGUGUGCUUUUUAUCUCACUUUGGCCAUGGCAUUUAAUAAUCCAAUUUCAUGGUGCAUGUGAAUCACUUGUUUAAGAGCUUUUUAUAUUACUUAUUACUUUUUCUUAUUAGAUUUAGAUCAUAUCAGAAACGGCUUUAAAUAUAACUAUAUUCGUAUCAAAUCAGAACUUAUUGAACCGAGAUCAUACAUUAAAACGAGCUUACAUCU